AUGGAGCAUAGAGGGAUAACAGCAUCAGGUUCAAAGAAUUCCUCUGGAACUAACACUGAGAAUCAGCAUAUUCCUCGCAACAUCCAUGAUCUCUCCGAAAUCCUCCUUGAAACAAACCUAAUCAUUGAUACUACAACCAGUGAACCAAGGGAUGUACUGAUGACAGAAAGGACAGCAUUGACAUGGGUGAAAUUUAGUAUGACACUUGCAGCUAUCUCAUUAACUAUCGUCACCAACUUUAGAUUAGAUACCUCCAACAAAAAUAGUAUCAGGCCUCCCUAUUGGUUCCCUCAAUUCAGCUAUGGAAUAUCCAUUCUUUUCGUAAUUCUUAGUAUGGUUACACUUUUUAUAGGGGCUGGGUUAUAUGCUCAAAGUAUCUAUAACUACAAAAACCAUAGUGUAAGUACGUAUUCUUUGAAAUUAGCACUAGGGUUUUUGUUUUUCAUCGGCUUGGUUCUAUUGGCAGUCAACAUUGUUUUUAUGAUAGCAGUUGGUGGUUCUUUCUAA